AUGCAUCCACCAUUAGAUCGUCCGCAUCCCGAUUGUCAGGAGGUGAUUGACGCUCUGAAUCUAUGUCAUGCCCAAAAUUCCAAGGUUUUCUUUUGGAGAUGUAACAAACCCAAGCAUCAACUGGACAACUGUUUCAAGUUGGAAAAACAGCGCCUUCUCAAGGAGGCCACCAAAGAUUUUAAACAGACUCGCGGCAAAGAAGAUGGGCUCAUGAUGGAAGCUCUGGGACAGAGCAUGUCGUUUCAAGAGUACCUGGCAAAGGACAAGCAAUAUUUGAAGGCAAAACAACAAAAAACAGCUUCUGGCAACUGA